AUGAAAAGAUUUUCAGGUAACUUUUCUUCCAGUAUUCCUCUCCUUCCUGCACAGGAUGAAUCUUCCUUCCCUAAAAACAGAUGUCCAUUGUCACUUGUGAAGGGUGAUGGUGCCCCAGCAGAUUUCUCUUCAGAAAUAUUAAAGUUGAAAAUGCUUAAAAAGAAAGUAGGAGGAAACUGACAGACUUAUAUGUGUCUCAAAAGAGAUGAGUUAGACAUGUCAGAGAGUAUAGUGCUGAAAAACAAACCAGUCAAGAACAGCUGACAGUGUGUUGUGGAGCUUGCCAAGGAGGAAUACUGGUUCCUACUUUCGUACUUGGCUGGUAAGACUAAAACUGAGUGGUUUAAAAAGUUCCUACACUCCCAGAAGGAGUUUGUAGCAAAGCAUGAACUGUUACAGAAUGAUUUCACAGGGACUGAGGUACCAGAGCAACAUUUUCUUUCUCUUGCCCAAAAGCACCAGAAAAUCUGUGCCUGUGAUUCACUCGAUUUUAUGUGACUACAGGUUGUAGAAGAAAUAUUUGAAGCUAUAUGCAACAGCUUUCUGGUACUUGGAUUUCUGAAGGAAAUUAAGAGUGAGUAUGACCUGUGCAUGAUGAUGCUUCUGGACACUGUUGUAGCACAAUACAAGACUGUGAAGGCUUAAGUCAAAGGGAUGGGAACAAUGUCUUCAAAGGCUUCAGAAAUACAGGCACCCAGGAGAGAUAUGCAGGUUCUCAUGUAGAAAGUCGGUACUGCUGUGGAGAGAAACAAAGAACUGAAGAAUUGCUUCGAAACAGCUCUGCGGAUAAGCCAGACUCCAGAAGAUAAAACAGGUGAGGAACAGGACAGUUCUGAGUCAAGCAGAGAAGAAAUAUGGCACAAAUUACGCCUUCAGUUAUCAGUUCUGGAUGCUCUAGUUAUCCACACAAUAGUCCAGUCUCUCUUGGAUACUUGCCAGGUAGAGAGGCUAGCAGAAAAACCAUUUUCUGUUUCUGAACAGCUUGAAUCUAUGAGGUGUAAAGUUCCUGAUUAAUGGCAGGAAAUGAACACUGGACAGUCCUCAUUCCCUUUGAAAUUCCAUUUCAAGAUGCUAAAAUAA